AUGUUUCUUACAUUUUUAACUAAAGUUGCCAAACCUACAACUAGUUUAAAUCAGUUGGUUUCGUUUUCAACAACAUUCAACUAUCGUCAAAGUAGUAGUAGUAGUAGUAGUAGUAAUAAUAGAUAUAACUUUAAAAUGGAAGAAGUUAAAUUAGUUAAAGCAACAUGGGAACAAUUUAAAAAGUCUACCUAUGACAACUAUGAAGCAUGGGGAAGUAAAUUAACUGUUGAACAAUAUUGGAAUAGAGAAGCUGAUUCAAAAGAGUUUGCUCAAAAUCAUAGACCUUGGGUAUUAUUAAAUAAAGACGAAGAAAUUGUAGCAAGUUGUGAAACCUAUGAAUAUGAUUCAUUUUAUUGUAAUCUUGAAUCUGAUCAACCAGAUAUUCAAUAUGCUACAAGUCAAGGAAUUGCAAGUGUAUUUGUUGAACAAAAGUAUAGAGGAAAAGGAUAUGCAGCGUCGUUGAUGAAACAUUUAAAUGCUCAAGUCAAGAAUGAAGGUUCGAUGAUGACCGAUCUCUAUAGUGACAUUGAACCAAAGGUCUAUGAAAAGUGUGGAUGGCAUAUACACCCUGCCAACACUUUUAUCAUAGACUCUGAGAUCACUAUGAAAAUUGAUUCCGAUAUCACCUAUAAACCAGUCACUAUUGAUACAAUCGAUACUGUAUCUGAUUGGAUCAUUAAAAAUAAUGAUUUAUAUAUUAAAGAAAAAUGGUUUGAAACAAAGUCUGAACAACAACAACAACAACAAAAUGAUACUACUUCUUCUACUUCAUCCUCUGCUUCUCCAAUUAAAUAUAUUUAUGGUAAAUUAAUGAAAAAGAAUCAUAUAAUGUGGCAUAUUAAACAAGUUCAAACCUAUGCCAAUGCAUUGGAUACUAAACCAUACCCAGAAACAUUUGGAUGUGUUGCCAACCAACCAGGUAAUGGUGGUUAUAUCAUUUGGUCACAUGAUAUUAGAGAUGAUUGUCUCAAUAUCUUGUCGGUUGCUGCAGAUAAUCAAGUCGUAUUUUAUACUCUUUUGGAAAAGGCAUUGGAAGAAGCACGUACCUAUAAAUUCAAACAUGUUAUGUUUUGGGUAAACGAUUGGUCUAAAUUUCGAUCUGAAUGGUUGACCAAUAUUGGUAUUGAAAUCUCUGUACGUGAAGGUUCAGUACCAAUGGUAUGUUCAUUUGUUAAACAAGGUGAUCAAGAAAAGGUUGAUACUUCAUCAUCUGGUAAAUGGAUUAAUAUUGAAAAGUUUGGUUGGAUUUAA